UGCGACAUGGAUACGUUUGUCUUUUCCUUUUUAGUUUUACAAGUGUCUCUGUGACAGAGUCCCCCCCCCUGUGGUCGAUCUGGAUGGUAUCUCCCAGGAAGCACCGCGCAAUGUGUAAUAGCGAAAUAUAUUUCGAGGUAAUUCAAGUGAACAACUGAAAAUCAACCAAACGCGUGCUAAAACACGUGGUCUCCAUAGCGCCACCAGAUACUUUGUAAGACAAAACAAACAAAAAAACCCGGUGUCGAACGGGUUGAGAGGAAGUUAAUUGAAUAACGGCGGCCCGCCGCGCCGUCAAGCCGAUCAUGGCAGACUGGGCCGGACUGUGUGUGGCCACCAGCCUGCUGGUGGUCCUUCUCACCGCGGCCGGGUACGCGUUGUACUCGGGCCUCCUCUCCGACAUAACCGUCCUGACCGGUUCCCCCCCCAUCAAGAAGAUCACAUUCGUCUACAAGUUCAAAAAGGGUCCGUACGAGAGUUGCGGGGAACUUUUCAAGGAGUCUCGCGGUAUUGGACCGAAGCUUUCGCGUAUCGGAGUGUAUUACGACGACCCUAAAAAGGUGCCGGGACCACAGUGCCGCUCUGCCGUCGGCAGCAUUCUGAGCGAGGGGGAGGACCAGGCGGACGAGGAACUGUUGAGGAGCUACGAGACAUCUGGCUUCAAAGUCUUUUCCUUCCCCGAAGUCACGCACGUGGUCACGGCCUCCUUCCCCCACAGGACCUUUUUCUCCGUCCUCCUGGGAAUGAGAAGGGUUUACCCACGGCUAGAGGACCACAUCAAGGCGAGGAGGCUGUGUGCUCACCCGUUCCUCGAGAUCUACAGAGAGGGGCUGAUCCAAUUCAUGGCCCCGUUGGCCCGGCAGGGAGAUUUCUACGUGCCUGAAAUCCGACAGGCAGAGAGGAGGCUGUUGGAACGGGAGGAUUUUCACAGUGACUCCGAAGGCUCAGGUGCAGACUCCAACAGCGAGUGCAGCUCGGGGAGUGGGGUUCUCCUGUUGGACAGCAGAGAGACGUCCCCGGCGGCGUCCUCCGCCCGGGAUGACGAGCCUGACCGAGGCUUCGGAGGGAGAAGCUCCGGCGGAGCCUCGUUCCAAGAGCCGGACCGCGAGCGGCAGCAGCAGGCCGGGCGAGAGGAGCGGCCGCAUGGAGAUUGGGACGAGAAGGGCCCAGCGCCUCACCAGUGGUUGGGUGCCGUUGUGGGAGAGGAGUGAAAGUUCAGCCACAGACGAAAGAGUUCAGAUGAAGAUUUUUUUAAAGGAUGCAAAUCGAGACAAUUGAGAUGUUGAAAUGAUAAAAGUCUGUCUGAGUUCAUUUCUAAAAUGGGGAAAUGUGAAAGGGUAAUAUAAUACAUUUCUGCUUUUGUGAACGGAUCCAAUGAAAAGAACAAAACUAAUGCUGUGUUAAUUAAUACUCCCACUACAUUCAGACUUCUCUACCCUCGCUGCCCAUUUCGCUGCAUAGAAAAAUGGCUUACGUUACAGAAAGAGGAGUAAAUAGUGGAUUCGUUUGGAUUUGGUGCUCCAGUAAUAUGUGUGCAGCACCGAGUCUGAAUAAACAACGGUGCCCAUGUUCAUUAUGGGAAGGAACAUGUUUGAUGUGUUUCUAAUAGUCGAUGAACAAAACAGGAAGUCAAUGGAGAAUUUGGCCACACAGGGACUUGCUCAUUCCAUUGGAUCUGUUGAUAGUAUUACAAAAAGAUAUCGUGUAACCAGAUUUAUUCUUUUAGUCACCUUUUUAAAGUGAAUGCAUUUAGAUUUUUGCUGACAGAAGAAAACCGUAAUGCUGCAGAACCUUUUCAGGUAACCUGAGUGUCUUGAAUUUUUUUCUCACUGAAGUGGGGAUGUUCGUUAAAAUGAUACACGACUGAAUUGACUACACGUUCAAACAUUUUACUUGAAACGUAAUUUGCUGUUCGUACGCUGACCACCGCUCGCAUUGCUAACCGCAAACAUUGUGAAUCCUGUUUUUUGUUGUUUGACUUGUGGGGCUUGGUUUUAUUAUUUGAGGCAUUCCUGUAAGCGCGUAGAAUUAACAAAGAUGCUUCACCUUCUAUACCAAUUAUCCUUAGAGGGUCACUGGGGAGCUGGAUUCAACCUAGCAUGCACUGUUCUUUAUUAAUAUUGUGUGCGCUGUCAAAGUGUUACGUGUGUUUCAUUUGUGCGGUGUGUGUUGCCAUUGGUCUGUUGAUGAUGCACAUGUUCUGAUAUAUAAAAAUGGCUUCAUUUCCAAAGAGGAGGGUGUGACUGAAUGCAUAAUAACCUUUUGUGCCGUUCUCACGAGCACUCCAGGAUUAUUGUUGGUGUCUUGAGGAGAAAGAUGCCAUGUGACCACUAAUGUUUCACCAUCACUGAAAGCAAAUAUCUGUUAUUUUGCCUCUUACUUCCUGAAACGUUCCUCACACAUCCAUUGGCAUAAUAUUCUGUCGAGCUGUCAUAUUGUGUUACUUUCUACCAUCUGCUGUCUCUUUGCACAUGCUAAUUACCAGCUGCAGCAGCGGCCCUGGUAUAGUUUUUACCUUGCGAGUGUGUGUCAUCGUGACAAAAUGUGGUCCUGUAGAUGCCAACAAUAGAGGGAACUACCACAAAAGCCUUUUGCCAGCUGUUUAUAUUUGUCUGACAGAAUUGUCCCAACUUGGUAAGAUCCAAUUACAGAAAUGACGGAAAGUGCCGGUAAGGGUAAUAGUGGUCUGCUGGUCUUGCAGUGCAAUCAGAGGGGAGGAGUCUGAACCGGUUGCAUCCGGGGUAUGAAGGUCCGCAGUGACUCUCCUGUCCUGUUUAGUGGCCGAUCCGAACCUCGCAGUGAUGGAAGAGUUGGCUCCUCUGAGGUGCAGUAAAUGUCCCCGGUGAGUCGAGGCGAUGCAGCACGUGGUGCAGCCCCAUGUCGACUGCAUCAUCAUCCGCCGACGUAAAGGAGGGAGGAAGAGGACAAAAGGCCUUUCGCUUUAUACCCGUGGUCUGAUUUUAGUGUUGAUGCCUUUGAAAGAUGGUCGUUAGUGUCCGUUUUUUCUCCUUUUAUUUUGAUUGAGAAAAGCCUGGUUUGCACCCUUUUCAAGUGAGCAUCGUACGGCUUUUCUGAUCUGAAACUCCCAUCAUGCAACAGCUUCUCAACCAGACAAUUUCAGCCCUAAGAAAAAUCUGCAUAAAAGAGUUUUUUCUAAUGACUCUUGAGUACUAAGUAAUGAUUAGCAUUACAUACAGCCAGGCUGAGAUAUUCCAUUUAUGGAGAUCUUUUGCUGACUGACUGUGCAUUUGAGUCAUUUUUCCAGAUAAUCCCAUGUCAAACUAUGUUACUAUUUUUCAUGGAACUGUAAAGAAAAAAUCCCGUUACAGCAUCCCUCAUUCAUUCAUUUAUUUUGAUUGGAGUUGCCGAAGAGACUUAAUUGACGGCGUGCAAAGCUGUUACUUGACUAAUGUUCUACAAAUAAAAUGAUUUAUAGUCUGUGUUUACAUUUUUAAUCUAAAUGCUGAUGGCUGGGAAGAGGGUUAAAUUCCCAGACGAUUAAGUUAAACAAGAUGAAUGUGCUUGAAUGAGGCCCGGGGACGCUGCCUGUGUGCACAGCACUUCUCUGGGUCCUCGUCUCACGCACACAUCAGGUAGGAACUAAUCGAUGAAUCAUUUGUUGGCUUCAGGGAAUCAAACCCAUUGGUGUGGCAGUGGCUGCUAGGCCGACUGUUUUAACACAUUAAACGGUCAUUUUGUGUUAUUAGAACUUGUUGUAGUUUAGGAUCACUCUUCUUUUUGACAAUAAUCACUCUGCGGGUGCUCACAAAAGUAAUGGCUGGAAUCUGGGACUGCAGUGACGUUAAAGGGUUUAACUUUGACUUUACGGUCCAUGUCUGUUUUGUUUGGUGGACACAUAGUUAUGUUGUAAAAAUAGUUUUCAAAAUUGAAAGUACAGCUACUUUGUAAGUUUACCUCAUUUGACCAAAUGUUUGGCUUGUUGCUUGUUGUAUCUGAUCAGUUUCCCAACGCGUGUAAUUUUGUUUUAGCCAUUCUGCCAUUUAACAAAAGCCACAAAGAAAGCAACAGUCAGAGUAAAGUGCAUUGACCACCGCCUACGAACACAUGUUUCUGUCCUCUAUAAUUUCACUCCACUUUAAUUGGCAUGUUGCUAUCUAAACUCUACUUUCCGCCCACAUGCCCUCAACUAUUGUAAUGUAAACUACAAUUCUUUUUCAAAAGGAAAUUGGUCCCUUUGUGUUAGCAGAGGGAAUUACGCAACAAACAAGACCCUCUCGUCAUUUUUAAUUGCCAGUGUACACAGAAAAAGUUCUUCUUUUCUCAACUCCUAACUGCAAAGCAUCUAUUGUUAGUGCGGAUGUGAAACAUUUGAAUAGAUGUGUUAAGUAUACGCGUAGGUGAGAGGAAAGUGUGGUGAUGGCGACGUAGGAAAAGGUGAUGGCGCUCAUGUGAAGGUGACAAACCAGUUAGCGAUGAAGCUGAAUACAUACUGAAUUAAUUAUUGUGUUGCUUCCUGAAUUAAAAAAAAUGGUGCAACAGACUAA